UGAUCAUUAACAAUUUCACGACGACACCACUAUCCCUCCAAGGAACGUUCUCAGACAGAUCAGACAAAAUGGUCAACGUUCCAAAAACUCGCCGCACUUACUGCAAGGGCAAGACCUGCAAGAAGCACACCCAGCACAAGGUCACACAAUACAAGGCCGGAAAAGCCUCUCUGUUCGCUCAGGGAAAGCGUCGAUAUGACCGCAAGCAGUCCGGUUACGGUGGUCAGACCAAGCCUGUCUUCCACAAGAAGGCCAAGACCACCAAGAAGGUCGUGUUGAGAUUGGAGUGCACAGUUUGCAAGACGAAGGCACAAUUAGCGCUGAAGCGAUGCAAGCACUUCGAAUUGGGUGGUGACAAGAAGACAAAGGGUGCUGCUUUGGUGUUCUAGACGCGCGGUCAUGCGACUUUUACGGUGUGGUGACGGGCGUGGUGGCUUUUCGGACGCAGCAGAAUCGGUCAAUCGCACAAGCUAUCGUGAGAGAAGGGUUACGGAUUACAGCCACAAGGAACGACGGCAGUCUUGUUGCAGAUAUCCAACAACAUUGUUGUUGCUUGCGACUUAUUUUCCCAUACUUGAUCAGGUCGAUCUGAUCUGCUCAGAACCAAACGAUUGAUGUCAAUACACGACUUUCAAAAGUGUCUACCAAGCCGACUUUCUCAUUCUGUCCGUGCAAGAUUUUGAUCGCGCUUCUGCUUGCUGCGAUGUGAUCUUUUGACGAAUGAGGCACUCUUACGAAGCAGAUAACAACAUCAUUACUACCGUUGAUCGUCACUUGCGUUUACAGGAAUAUUUGGCUGCCAAAUACAAAAUGUCGUUCAUUGUCCGCCGAAAGCAACAUAUCCCGUAAUGAGUCGUCUCGGUUGACCCCAUGUUCCGAGUCAAGUGUGAUGCACCGU